CGGAAGUGACGCCCGGGGGUGGGAUAAGCUGUCAGCUGGACCGGAAGUGCCGGCGUGAUGGCGGAGGUGGAAGCGGCGGGGACGGGGACGGAGACUAGCUGCGGCUCCGAGUCGGGGAACGCAACAGGGAGCGGGAGCGGGUGGCGGAGGCCCCACGGUCCGCUCCAGCGGUAUUAUGGGCCGUCUGCGGCCGAAGCGGCGGAGGCAGCCCCGGACCCGGCUGACCUCAACGGGCCCCACUUCGACCCGGAUGUUUUUCUCACUAAGGUGCGCAGCGAGUGUCGCCUGGGGGAGUUGUUGUCCCGUGAAGCUACGCUGGGGAGGGAGAUCCGCGCUCUUGACAGUGACAUGCAAACGCUGCUCUACGAGAACUACAACAAGUUCAUUUCUGCCACAGACACUAUCCGAAAGAUGAAGGUUGACUUCCGGCGCAUGGAGGCAGAGAUGGAUGAUUUGGCCUCCAACAUGGCAGCCAUCAGCGACUCCAGCGCCCGUGUCAGUGCUGCGCUGCAGGACCGGCACCGCCGCGGUGCUCAGCUGGCUGGGGUGCAGGCGCUGCUGCGGAAGCUGCAAUCCCUUGUGGAGGUGCCAGGGCGGCUGCGGCGGUGGGCAGCGCCAGGAGCUGAUCCUGCUCGGGCCCUGCACUGCUACGCCCGUGCCCGUGCUGUGCUGCGCCACUACCGCCACCUGCCCUCGUUCCGUGCCAUCGAGGACGAGAGCCACUCCAUCAUGGCUGAGCUGGCCCAGCGCCUCCGUGCACGCCUCCGGGAUGACACCUUGGACCCAAAGGAACUCACUGAGUGUGUGGAGAUGCUGCUGCAGCUGGAGGAACCACCCGAGGAGCUGUGCGAGGAGUUCCUGAGCCAUGCCGGUGCCCGUCUUGAGGCCGAGCUGGCGGCGCUGGAGGCUGAGCUGCCCCCAUCUGACCCCUCUGGCAGUGCUUCCACGCCACCUCCCGCCUCCGACAUCCUCGACUUCGUUGACCGCGGCAGCUCAGCCUUCGUGAGCAACCUGUGCCUCCUUGCGUCUUCGUACCGCAGCCUCUUCGAGGGGCGCCCCGGGGCCGGGGAUGGCCGCCUGGAGGCCUUCGCUGCCACCCUCACCACUCGCUACUUUGAGCUGCUGGAGCGACGCCUGGCCCUGGAGCGGGGUCUGGGUGACACGUCGCUGCUGGUGCGGGCGCUUGACCGCUUCCACCGCCGCCUCCGUGCUCUCCUCGAGCUGCUGCCUGCGGCCGGGGCCGAAGCAGGUGCUGCGCUGGUGGCCCGAGCGGCAAGUGAGCGGGUGGCCCGCUACCUGCGGGCGCUGCAGACCUUCUUUCUGGGGUGCCUGGGUGACGUGCGCCAGGCGCUGGCUGCACCCCGGCCUCCUGGUAAGGACGGCCCUGGACUGCCUGACCUCUUGGCCACGCUCUCCUCCUCCGUUCUUGGUCAGCUCAAGGCCGUCCUGGCCUACGUGCAGCUCUUCACUGCCAGGGAUGUUGCCUUUGCCAGCCUGCCCUACUUCAAGGGGGAGUUCUGCGUCGAGGCGGUGCGUGAAGGGCUGGUGGUGGCCUUCGUGCGCUGGCUCUGCCGUACUGCUCGGGGCUUUGCUGACAGCCCAGCUGAACGAGGUGCUCCUGCAGCACCCCCAGCACUGCUGCUGCUCCUUGCCCGUCUCUGCCUUGACUACGAAGCUACCACCAUCAGCUACAUCCUCACUCUUACUGAUGAGCAGUUCCCUCCCGAGGACACAGGGCCAGCGGUGACGCCGGGGCCAGCACUGUGUGCCGAGGCACGGGGAGCGGCGCAGCGGCUGCUUGACCACUACGUGCAGGUCCAGGGUGCUGCGGUGGCACAGAUGCUGCGGAAGAGCGUGGAGACGCGGGACUGGUUGGGCACCGUCGAGCCCCGCAACGUCCGCGCUGUCAUGAAGCGUGUGGUUGAGGACAUCACCGCCAUCGAUGUCCAGGUGGGGCAGCUCUUUGAGGAGGGAGUGCGGCGGGCGCAGAGCAGCGACUCGAGCCGACGUGCCUUCUCUGUCUACAGCAGCUCGCGGGCACCGGGGCGCUAUGCCCCCAGCUACACUCCCAGUGCUCCCAUGGACACCCACCUACUCAGCAACAUCCAGAAGCUCUUCUCCGAACGCAUCGACAUCUUCAGCCCUGUUGAGUUCAACAAGGUGAGACACAGGAACAUCCCCGUGUCCCCGAGGGCACCCCUGGUCCCCACAUCCCAAAGGCCCCAAAGCUGUCUGCCUUCCUGCCUGUCACAUGACCCCGGUGUCCCAAGAUCUGGGGUUUCCCAGACCUGGUCCAGCAUGUCUGGACUUGAGGGAGGUCCCUGGGAUGUGGACCAGGAUGAGGGCUGUCCCUUUGUUCUUCACCUCCCCGUGUGGCUGUGGUGCCAGGCAUCCCCCCGUGCCACUUGUCCCCGUGUGCCAGGUGUCAGUGCUGACGGGGAUCAUCAAGAUCAGCCUGAAGACGCUGCUAGAGUGCGUGCGGCUGCGGACGCUGGGGCGCUUCGGGCUGCAGCAGGUGCAGGUGGACGGCCACUACCUGCAGCUCUACCUCUGGCGCUUCGCUGCUGACGAGCGCGUGGUGCAGGGGCUGCUGGAUGAGGUGGCGGCCAGCGCUGCCCACCGCUGCCUCGACCCCGUCCCCAUGGAGCACAGUGUCGUCGAGCUCAUCUGUGAGCGGGGGUAGGACCUGAGGGCACCCAGGGGACACCCGGGGACAUGGGUUGAUGCACAGGUGAGGGGAGCACAGCAGAGCUGGGGGCAUCUCUGGAAGGGGAACGUGUCUUGGAUCCUGCCGCUAGGACAGGCUUUUACCACGCAUGUAUUUAGGGACACAUGUAAUGACAUACGGACAUACCAUGCCCUCACACCUGUAAGGUCACCCUAAUAACACCCCACAGUGCCUCCCCACCCCAGUGCUGCCAGCCCCGUGUUGUCCCUGCAUCUCCAAUGCCAUGCCACAUUCCACUUCCUCAGUGAUAUCCUACACGUGGGACAUGCUGCACGCAGCCCCCGUGUCACAGUUGAGGACAAUAAAUAAAAUGCAUGCAAGCUGA